GGCUGCCCAAGAUGCCAAAAGUGAAGACACUCGAGGCGAGAGUCUGCUGGUCGGUCUCAGAAGGCAGUACCAUUGCUAUGCCUAUAACCUAAUGAUCAGCAUUAUCUCCUGUGUGCAGACUGAUGUCAAGUUUUACAAAGGAUUUCUCUUCCAGGACAAUGUUGCUAAG